AGGUGGCGACCUCUGGUUUGUGUCCGCCGCCAACGAAGAAGAAGAAGAAUCAGAGCAGCGAAGAAGAAAGUUGCGCGGGUAGUUUGACUGUUGUGCUAAGUGCUAAUGCUAGCUAGCAGCAGAUCUGUCACUGCUGUUCUGCUUCAUCAACACGAGGAUCAGAGUACUUCCUGCCGUGUGAUUGGUUCACAGCGAGGUCGUCAUGGAGUCCACGGAGAGCAGAUACCCUCACCUGCUGCAGCCAAUCAGAGAGCUCACUAAGAACUGGGAGAUCGAUGUGGCCUCAGAGUUGAACGACUAUUUAGAGGAGCUGGAUGACAUGUGCAUCACAUUUGAUGGCGGGAAAAUCAGACUGAACUUUGCAGAGGCGGCACUGCUGAUCCAGGGCUCAGCCUGCAUCUACAGCAAGAAGGUGGAGCUGCUGCACAGUCUGGUUUACCAAACUCUGGAGUACAUCAACGACAGGAAUAAGAAAGGUAACAAAAAGACGGCAGCGUCUCAGGAGGACGGUGCAGACGGAGCGGAGAGCGACCACGACGCUGAUGAUGGGUUCACUUCGCUGGAUGUCGACGUCACAGAGAACUCAAAGAAGGACGACUCCAACACGAUUGUGAGUGUUGCUCCUCUUCCUCCUGAGUCUCUGAUUCCUCCUGAAACCACAGAGAAGCACAAACUCCCUCUGAUCAGUGUGAGCGGUGACGUCCUGUGCAGUCAGAAGGACUUCAGGAUCAACCUGUACGUCCCUGGAGACCAGGACCUGAUCCUCCUCACUCUGGGAUCAGCUGCUGCCAGGUUUCUGCUGGAUGGAGGUCCACAUCCUGUAGACUCUCUGCAUCACACCCAGAACCAGAACCAGAACCAGGAUGUUGAGGCUCCAGCUGAUGCUCCUCUGGCUGAUGUUGAAGAUGACGGAGGUGAAGCCGUAGAGGACUUCCUUCCUCUGGAGGACAACAACAUGGAGCUGGACCAGGACCCAGAGGAGCACGUGGACCGACACCAGGCUCCGAGGGAGGAGAGGAUGAUCAGAGAGAGGCGGCAGGUUGACGCCGACAAACUGGCGAGGACGGAGGACACGCCGCCGGCUGUGAACGUGUGGACGUUGAACGACCCGUAUGCUGUCCGCGGGGAGGAUAAACCCUUUAAAACAGGGAAAUGCUACAAGGUUCCUGACGGUCUGGACGACGGCGGGAAGAGGAAAAGAAAACGACCGUCUUCACUUCAGGACUUCAGGAGCUGGUUCAGAGGAACCUUUGAUCCUCCGGAGCACAAGUUAAAAAAUGGACCCACGUUGACAGAGCUGAACUACAUUUAUUUGAGCACCAUGAAGAACAAGCUGAAGAUUCAAAGGAGGAUCAACAGGAGAGCGGGUGUGGUGAUCUCUGAUGAAGAACUGAGGAGGACCUUCCUGCAGCUGGAGGAGGCGGGGCCACAGCAGCAGGGGGAGGAGCCUGUGGAGGGAUUCGGACCCCCUGACCUUCUGGGUGGAGACGACGACAACUCAGACAACGAACAUGAUGCGUUUCCUGACGACCUCCCAGCUGAGUUUGGUGGAGACGCUCAGAGAGACGAACUGAGUUAUGAAGAUCUGGUGAAGCUGCGUGUCGAGCAGCUGGUGGUGAACUGUCGUGGUUACACUCAGGAAACGGCUCUGUCCCGACGAGUUAAAGACUGGGAGGACAAGAUCCGACCUGAACUGGUGCUGCAGGAGGAGCGUUCCGUGUUUGACAUCCACGAUUACGGCGACCGGAUCGUCGGAGCGUUGAACGGCGUCGGCCAGCGAAGGUCUUUCUCCUCCAUCGUCUCCGGUUUGGACAACUUUGAAGCCUGUAAAUAUCUGCUGGCUUCACUGCAGCUGGCCAACGACUACACAGUGGAGGUGGACAGCGCUGCAGUUCUGGAGGACAGCAUUGGUGCUCUGGAGGACAGCGUGGACACGAUGGGACUGACGCUGCUCAGCACUCACAGAGCGACGGACAGAUUCAAAACUCUGCCGGCUUCAACCUGAAAACACAUCAGCUCAUUAUAACAUGAGAGUAAAGACGAUAUUCUGACUUCCUGUCUCUGUAAGGACGUUUCCUGACUGUCCAUUAUCUGUUUCCUUUGAUUCAGCCAGUAAUUGAAUCAUGUCUGUCUGCGUCUCUGAUGAUAAACAUGAUAAUGAGAAUUAUGUUGAGGUUUUUUGUCCCCCAACAAUUUUAUAAUAAAAACUGUGUUUGCUCUGAACCAAAGAAAAAACUGAAGGGAAAAUAAGGUUGUGGUUUUAUCAAAAACAUUUUCAGGAGGUUUUAAGUUUCACAAGGAAAAAAAGACUUAUGUUUGCUCCGAAGUUUUUCAGGUUUUUCUGUCUUUAAAUUAAAACUAAGGCUGUUAGCUUCAUUCAAAACAUUGACGUUCAAAUUAUAAAUCAACAUUUGAAAGUUUAUUACACAUGUAACAGUAAUGAGAAACACAAGAGUCAAUGUAAAGUAGCUGUGCUGUUGCCUGAUCUUCAAUUUGUUUAUUUUUCUAGUAAAAAAUAGAGAAAACUGAUACAUUACACCAGAUUCCAUUCAAAAUUCUAGCAAUUUAAGGUUCCCUCGAUUGUAGGCUGGUGUACAAAUCUGCUUAAAAUUAAAAACAAUUAAAAAAUCAGUUUAUUACUCUCCACUCUUGAGUUCUGCAUACAAUAAGAAAUCAACCCUGGUAUAUAAAGUAUGUAAUGUAAUAUCACAGGUAUAGGAAAUAACAGAUACAGAGGUCAUUGUAGUAACAGAACAAUACAAUAACAACGCAGUUACAUU